UGUCUGCGAUGGCGUACAAUCACGACGAGUUGGAGGCUCCGGCCUGGUUGAACGAUGAGUUCUUCCUCAAAGUGGUUCGCGAACUAGACAACGAUCCUACCAUCGAGCUUACGGGGGAAUGUGUCCUGCGUCCUGGUACGAAAGUUGGUGAUCAUUAUGCUAGCGUUAUGUUCCGUACGACAGUGAGCUACCGAUCGAAGCGCAGUAAGGAGGCGAAGUCGAUCAAUCUGAUCAUGAAAACGAAGCCCGAUGCGGAAGGUUUGAAGAAGGAUCUACUAGAGGACAACGAUUUGUUUGCGAUCGAAAUUCGAAUGUACACGAAGGUGCUUCCCGAGAUGGCGAGACUGUUGAAAGAGAUUGGUGAGGAGUACAAGUACCCGAGGUUUAUCUACGGUACUUUGCAGCCGCAUACAAUUCUUAUACUGGAGGACAUCAGCAACCAGGGCUGGGUAAUGGCUGACGUUAUAAAAACCUUCGACGACAUGAAACCGAUCGUAAAGGACAUUGCCAUGUUUCAUGCGGCUUCGAUCGUGAUGGAAGCUAAUGAUCCCAAUUUUGCCGCGGAGAAUAACGUUUCGAUGGCCGAAAUGUUUAUGGGCUUUGACGGCAUGAUUCAGCGAGGGUUUGGUGAUCUGAAGGAGUUGAUUCGUCAGAACUCUGCCGAUUUUGCUCACUUCGAGAAGCCGUUGGAGAACUUUCAGAAGAAUCUUCGGGACUUUUAUGUGGCCCUCUACAAACCUUCGAAAACGUUCCAGAACGUGCUGAUUCACGGUGACUUUCACAGUAAAAAUAUGCUCCAUCAAAUCGAUGGCGAGGGACGUCACACGGAUACCGUUCUGCUCGACUAUCAGAUCUGCAGUUGGACGACACCGGCGAUCGAUCUGUACUAUCUGCUCGACAUGAUACCAGAUCAAUCCGUGAAGGACAAGUAUCGCCAUGAGCUGAUCUAUCUGUACUAUCAGCAGUUUAGUGAUUUGCUUAAGCGAAUGGGGUUUUUGGGUAAAAUACCUACGCUACUGGACCUGCAGAUUGAACUCUUACGGUGCGGAGGACUAGAGCUGUUUCACUACGCGGUCUUUAACUCGUUCUGGUACAUGGACCCAACUACUAUGGACAUCGAAGCGUUCCUUAAGGGCGAAGCCGACAAUCCUGCUUUAGAUAAUCCCGAGUACAAGAAGCUGUUGCACGUCGAACUAACCCGGUUCUUACGGCAAGGAAUUAUGAGCAGUGCUUGAAACGUGGCCCACAAUCGCAAUCGCGCGCGCGUGCGUUCAGCUGGUGCCGGAUUGUGCAAAGAUGACGAAAUAAAUGGCGUGUACCAAAAAAGGGCACUGCAGGCAUUUGAUAACAACAAUAAUCAUUUGGUCACACUUCUAUGCCCGGUAUCAGUCCGGUUUUCUGGCACUGAUCGCUCAGGGUAUUGUUGCGCGAUAAGGAAAACGCUGCCCCACCAAGACGGGCGCGUGGCACUUAUAGUGCUGUGCAGGCAAGAA